UUCCCUUUUGGAGUCUUGGUUGGAGAUAAAAUGUUGCCAAGAGACAAUGAAUUAGCCACUGUAAAGAUUGUAAUCAAAGAUUUUAUUCCUUUUCAGACAACACUACAUGAUAGUUUAUGGCUUUCAGUAAAUGGUCUUAUUAGUUUUGGAGUAGAGUUUGCAAGCUUCAGUCCUCAACGCCUGCCUGCAAAAAAUUCACAAAAUGUUUCUUUGCAAGUGCUUGCCCCUUACUGGACAGACCUUGAUUUUAAGACAAAUGAUGAUAAUGAAAUCUCCUAUCAGUUGUAUCAAUGCAGUCCUGAUCAACCAUCUGAUGUUUGCCGUAAGGCCAAUAGCGAAGUAGUUAAAAAUUCAAAAAACAACCCAGAUUCUUACACCGCUACAUCAGUUUUAGUUGUAACAUGGAUUAAAGUCCCUGCAAAAAAUAAAACAUCUGACAAUGAGCGAGUUUCAUUCCAGUGUGUUAUAAUAUCAGAUGGCCAGACAAGCUAUGUUAUUUAUUUGUAUGUGCAAGGAGCAAUGAAUCUUAACCCAACCUAUGCCAGGAGUGUUGAAGUUGGAUGGGGAAAUGUUAACUUUGACACCACAAGAUAUUCCUAUUACACCUUUGACCGCAUUUUGGGCAACACAGGAAAACCUGGAAUUUGGUUUUUUAAGCUUGGAGAGACAACUAAUUACAAUGCAAAAUGUUUGUCUUGGUUUCAAUCAGCAUCUAAAGAAAUCAUAGAAAUUACAGCACAAAAUAAUGAUCUACCAGCUUGUCCCUGUAAUGAGCUUGCAGCAAAAAAUAGUCCAACAUGGAUCUCAAACAGCCUUUCACAGACUGAGGGCAACUGUUAUGAUUUGUUACCUAAUUAUGGUGAAUUUGGGAGGAGAUGUUGUUAUAGAUCUGAUGGCAGCUCCAGCUUUGAAAGCAGAAAACCAUUGUCAGGAAGCCUUCAGAGAUACAAUGCUUUUUAUUAUAUUAAAACCAAGUCCAGAGAUCAUGAAGUGAAUGAUAGAGACCCAAAACGUUGGUGCUGUGACCUUUCGAAUCAAUGUGAACUUUACUACACUCUUAGGCCAACUAAACCGUGUAUUUCAAGUAACUGGGUUAGAGCAUUUUUAUUUGGUGACCCUCACAUUGUCACUUUGGACCAAAGGCCUUAUAUAUUUAAUGGGCUUGGAGAAUACAAAAUACUUCAAAUUAAAGACAAUGAAAAAUAUCUCUUCAUGAUGCAGGGUCGCACCUGCAUUGCCAGAAAUGCCAACGGAACAGAUACUAAAGCCACUGUAUGGUGUGCUUUUGCUAUUUAUGUACAGGAUAAUACUACUGUAAGGAUUGAAAUCAGUCCAUCUAAAAAAGUCAUGAUCAUUUACGCAAACAAUCAAGAUUAUACAAACAAGUUUCAAGAUGCUCCUAAUUUCACUGCAUUUGAAAAACAAACUUUAUUAAGAAGAGUAAAUGAUUCUUUGGAAAUUAGUUUUCCAAAUAGCAUUGGAAUCACAGUAAGUUUAACUUAUGAACUGCUUGAAUUUUCUGUAACAUUGGAUAAGAAGUAUCAGAACAAGACGAGUGGUCUUUUAGGCAAUUUUAACAAUAUAUCCACUGAUGAUUUCAUUUUUCCAAAUGGAACAAGUUUUCCAGAUUCUUCAAAAGAAAGGGAAAUAUACAGCUAUGUUGAAACUUGGUCUAUAACACAGGAGGAAAGUCUGUUUCAGUAUAUUUUGGGACAAAAUACAAGUACUUUUUCAAAUAACAGCUUUGAUCCAUUAAUGAUGGAUGAACAAAGUAAUGACACAAAGUCACAGGCUUUGCAAGUUUGCAAGGACAUCAAAAAUAUACCAUGUAUUUAUGACUUCAUUAUUACAAGAAAUAAAAACAUAGCUUCUGGUACAUUAAAUUCUGAUGCUAAAUUCAAAUCAGAAUCAAAGAGUACAGCUAAUAUAGCACCUAGUACAUACCUUUCUAACUCAAAAAUAAAUACAAAAAUAAAUGAGACCAUCAGUUUCAAUGUGACAGGUGUUGACCCAGAUGGAGUAAUUAAUGGCUGUGAAGUAUUAUCUAAUAAUAAAUUUCUCCUUCAAAAUAUUCAAAAUGGCUACAGUGUUUCGAUUGCUGUUUCCAAUAACGAACCCAUAAAUAUAGCAGUAUCUACUAUUGAUAAUAGAGGCCUACAUUCAGAACCAGCUUCAAUUACUACUACUGUCUGCUUAGGUUGUAGUGAGCAUGGAGUAUGUAAUUAUGAAAUAACAAGAAAUACUUCCAAUCCAUACUAUUAUUAUUCAACUUGUGACUGUGACAUUGGAUAUACAGGUGAAAACUGUGAAACUGACAAAGAUGGAUGUACUGGAAAUCCUUGCUAUCCUGGUAAUUGUAUUGACAUACUGGCAUCUGUGGAACAAAUUACAGGCAAACAAUAUACAUGUAAAACUUGUCCUGAUGGGUUUGAGCUGUUUGAAUCUAACACAACAUUGUCAUGUAAAGAUAUUGAUGAAUGCAAGGCAAAUAAAUGUGGUGAUAAUGGACAAUGUGUAAAUACCUAUGGAAGCUUUUUCUGCAACUGCAAUAGAGGUUUCAGGUUAUUUAAUAAAACCAUUUGUAUAGAUAUAAAUGAAUGCACAGAAAAAUUAAAUAACUGUGAUCAACUUUGCAUAAACACUAAUGGAAACUACACUUGUUCAUGCUUUCCUGGCUUCAUUUUUAAGGCUAAUAAUAAUUUGUGUGAAAAAGUGGAAACCGAUCCCUGUGAAAUAAAAAGUAAUAAAUGUGAAUACAGCUGUCGCAGUGGAAGUAAUGGAUCAGAAUGUUUUUGCAAAAAUGGUUUUCAGUUGAAUGAAAAUGGCUAUUCUUGUGAAGAUAUUGAUGAGUGUAAAAGCAGACUUUGCCCUCAAAACUGUUUAAACACUAUUGGUGGCUACAAGUGUUCUUGUUUUGUUGGCUACAAGAUGAGCAAAAAUGAUGAGAGAUCUUGUGAAGCUUGUACUGGAAACUCAUAUGGCACCAACUGCACAAAACAUUGUAACUGUCAUGGGAAUGCUGUAAGUUGUGACAACAUCAGAGGCUGCAUCUGUCAAGACAAUUGGAAGGGAGAGAACUGUGACACAGAUGUAAAUGAGUGUGAAGAAACUCCAAACAUUUGUCCACCAGACUACUACUGUACUAAUACACUGGGAUCCUACACAUGUGACUGUGCUACAGGAUUUGAAGAUAUAAAUGGGACGUGCAUUAAUAUUAAUGAAUGUGAUAGUCUUUUUCUGAACACUUGUCCUCAAGAAUGUAUUGAUACCACUGGUUCCUUUGUCUGUGAAUGUUAUGCAGGAUAUUCUAAAUCUCGAAAUGGAAGCUGUUUAGACAUUGAAGAAUGUAAGACUGGAUUAUCUGACUGUGAACAAAAAUGUGUUAACGUUCAAGGAGGCUACAACUGUGAUUGCUAUGCUGGAUACAUACUGAAAGAUGACAGGAAAUCUUGUGAAAAAGAGGUGGAUCCUUGCAUCAAUUUUUAUCUGAACUGCAGUGUUGGAUGUUCGAUUAUAAAUUCAACUGCACAAUGUUUUUGUGGUCUUGGUUACAAUCUUGGCACUAACGGUUAUGAUUGUAUUGAUAUAGAUGAAUGCUCAUUAGCUGAGAAUCCCUGCAACGGAACAUGUAGAAACACUCCAGGCUCAUAUUUUUGUUCAUGUCCAAUAGGAAAGGAAUUACAAAAUGAUAAAACAACAUGUCUUGUGUGUGAUGCCUAUCACUGGGGAGAGAACUGUAAUACCACAUGUGACUGUAGCCCAAAAGGUACAACACUUUGUGAUCCAACACUUGGCUGUCAAUGUAAAGAAGGCUGGGCUGGUGACAAGUGUCAGUUUGAUCUGGAUGAGUGCAGUAAUGGAACUAUUUUGUGCUCAAAUUUUUCAACUUGUAUCAACACAGUGGGAUCAUUUAUUUGUCCAUGCAAUAAUGGAUAUAUAAAAAACAAUAGUUCAAACGGUACAUGUGCAGAUAUUGAUGAGUGUGCUGGUAGUAGCUCCUCCCCCUGUGAUCACAUUUGUACAAAUACAUUUGGCAGUUUCCAAUGCUCUUGUCAUGAAGGAUUCAAAUUAAACGACACUAAAUGUUUUGAUAUAAAUGAAUGCAUUGUACCUAAGUUGAACAAAUGUGACCAGAAAUGUAGAAACACAGAAGGAAGUUUUGCUUGUGAAUGUUUGGAUGGCUAUGAACUCAAUGUUACUACAAGCAAUACUUGUUACUUAUCAAAUAGUAGUGCCAAAUGUGAGACUGGAGUUUGUGAUCAGUUUUGCCACCUUGAAAAUGGGAGUCCUGUAUGUUCUUGCAGAGAGGGAUUUCUGCUGAAUGCAGAUAACAAAACAUGCUUAGACAUUGAUGAAUGUGCUGAAAAUAUAUGCAUUGAAGGGCAUUGUUAUAACCUGAAUGGUAGUUUCUCAUGUUCAUGUGAUAAUGGCACUAUGCUGUUAGAAGACAAGCUCACAUGUCAAGUUUGUCCAUCCGGAUUUUAUGGCUAUGAUUGUGCUGCUAACUGUUCCUGUAACACUACCAACACCAAGCCUCAGAUCUGUUUUGCUGAGAAUGGAACCUGUGAUUGUUUACAUGGUUGGACUGGCAGUGACUGCAGUACUGAUGUUGAUGAAUGUAAUACAUCACCGUGCCAAGAAAACUCAAUUUGUUAUAACUACCCUGGUACAUAUAAAUGCCCUUGCAAUAAAGGGUACUUUGAAUCAUCAAAUGGGUGUGAAGCAUGUGAUAGCACUCAUUAUGGUAACAAUUGUAAAGAAAAAUGCCAGUGCAUACAGCUCAACACAAACCUAUGUAAUAGUAUAAAUGGAUCUUGUACAUGUGAGCCAGGCUGGACUGGAGUUCAUUGUGAGACAGAUAUUGAUGAAUGUUUAAACACUAGCUACUGCCCAGAUGAACAUGACCAUUGUUUUAAUAUAAAUGGAUCAGCAGAAUGUAGAUGUGAUGAAGGAUAUGGAAAAUUUAACAACUCACUAUGUAUAGAUGUGGAUGAAUGUCUGGAUUCAUCUAACAGAUGCAAUGUUUCCACAACAAUAUGCAACAACAUUGAAGGCUCUUAUAAUUGUGCUUGUAAACCAGGACAUAUAGAUGUCAAUGAUUCCAGCACUUGUAAAGUGAACUACAGCUCCUAUUCACUCAAGGUGGCAUUACAGUUUCCAACAGUUUCCAACCCAUUAAUAUUUAUAAUGACUACAAUAGAAUCUAAAAAGUUGACAAGGGAAAUUGAAGAAAGUCUGACACAGUUUGGAAGAAAACUCUAUGGAAAUGCAAUAUUGCCUUUUGUUGUAUACAAUUUAACGCCAGGAUCAAUUAUUGUCCAUACAUAUCUUCAAGUUGAUUUAAUGUAUUCAAAAUCACCUUCUUAUUCUGUUUCCUCAUUUGCCUUUGAAUUAAAGCAAGCAAAAAAUUUGACAGUAGGUUCUAUAACCACUGUAGUAGAGGAUGUUACAGUAAAUAAUAUUUCAGUGGGACCUAUCUCAAACAUCUGUUCUCUUUAUGGAAUGCUAAAAACAUGUCCAGAAAAUGAAAAAUGCAUGGAAGUUUCUGUGCCAGAUGAAUGUAAAAAUGAUGAAAAAGAAACUUAUGAGAUGAUAAUUGGGCUCUCUGUGGGUCUUGGAUUAUUUGUGAUCUUAGUAAUAUCUAUUGCAAUCUUAAUUGUGCUAUACUUCAAAAGACGUUCAGUACAAAAACACCACUCUAGCUUGCAUUCAAAUGAUCGUGACAGUAUAAGUGAAGCAAUGUUCAGGUCUAUAGUGAUGAGGAGACCACUUGGAUACCCAUCAAUGUACUCACCUGAGUCAUACAUAGCGCCUGUUGAUUACCCAGACAGGAGGGAGGAUCAGUACCUACGUACCCUCCACCAGCAAGCUGGGAUUUCUAAUUCAUCAGAAUGUUUAGAUGAAGAGCCUGGACCUUUAAGGAGUACAGACAGAUCAAAGAGCACAGAAGAUAUAACAGCAGAUAAAAAUACAGCCAGAUUCUCCUGGACACACAUGUUUGAUCUUUUAAAUCAACAUAAAGGAUUUGCUAUUAAAAGGCCAACAUUUGAAGGUAGUUCAGACCUAAAGCAGGAAUCACCUACGUCGAUAAAAACUAUAGAAAACUAGAUUUAUAUUGAAGUUUGUAUGAAGUGUUCACACUUUUGAAAGAAUAUGUGAAUUAAAUAUAAAAAGUUAAACAGGAAAAAAUUUUUUUUAGUGAAAAGUUUAUUUGGAAAAUAUUAAAUUAAGAAAAACAAAUAAUUUUUACAUUUUGUGAAAAGCAAAGUCUAAAUUAAAUAGAACUAAAUCUAGUUAAUUAUUUUCAUCAUGAAAAAUAAAUGUUUACAUUCAUUAUAAGCUGUAAUAAAGACCUUGAUUGGUAAUUGAUAAUUUUAGUUAAUAAGCAUUAAAUCGGAAACCAAAGUACUCUAUUCAUAUGUUUUUAAAAUACUAACAUUAAAUUCCAAUGAUUGGUCAAUAAAUUAAUCGUAAUUAAAACAUUUUAUCAUAGUGAUGUGUAUCAAAUUCAUAAAAUUGAAAAUAAAAGUAUGAAAAUGAAACUAUUACCCAAUUUUUUUUUGUAGCCAUUUAAUGAUAAAUAGUAUAUUCAUGUUUGAUCUUAGACCAAAUGUGCAUUUAAGUAGAAUUAUGAAUAGAGUCUUGUGAAGCAAAGGAAAAUGUGUAUAUAAGUUUAAGCAAUGCAAUUGUAUAUAUAAGUAAUUUAUAUUGUUAAAAAAUAUAUAUUUUUAAAAUUUUGAUUAAAAUUUAAACAUAAGCAUUUUAUGUGAUGUGAAAUAUCUUUUAUUUCUGUUGUGAAUUCUUUAAGAUUCAAGUGUACAUAUUGUAAAUUAUUGCUUGAUAAUAUAAAACUAUUUUCUUUUCUUAUGUUUACCAAAACUAUUUAUUAAAAAAUCUCAAUUGUAAAAAAGAAUUAUGUAAUUUAUGUAUGCAAAUGUUGAUAGUGUUCAAAGCUCUUUUUUCUAAAUUAAUAUUUGUUUUUGUAAUUUUGUUUUUUAUAAUGUAUUCUGUUACGGGUCAUUUUGAAUAUUUUUAAUAACAUUACAAGGUUUACUGUGAAGAAUGCAAGAUGAUCUAAUAUUCUAAAAAUGUAAUUGAAAAUGUAAAGCAAGAAUUUGUAUUUUGAAAUAGAAUAAGUUAUUACAUAUUCAGUUACAAGUUAAAACGAAAAAAAUAUAAUUAGCUAUAGUAAUACACUUUGUAUCAGAAAUAAAACGUAAUCACAACGAUUAUU